CAAGCUACGCGAGUGUCUUCCCUACCACACCAUCAACACCUGCCCGCGGCUUCGUGUCAUGUCAAAAUCACUUCAGCCGGUGCGUCUGUUCUGGAGGUACCGCUGGCUAUCUUUGCUGUUGUGAGUUUAAGGGGAAAUGUAACCUAAUGGGUUGUCCUAUUGCAUUGUGUAGAUAGACUCAGUCUAAUCAGUCUAAAUAGUUCCAAGUUUUUUUUGUUGCGGCGAAUGCGUCAGUUUCACUGUAUAAGACGCCAUUGGUUUAAGUCUAAGGGAUUUAUCGACAUCCCAUAACUCCAAGCCCGUGUGUCAGCGACAGGUUUACACUGACACAUUUAGGUAGUGGCGUAAUAAGUUAGCCUUUUACCUUAUAGCGCACAGGAUGCACAAACAUACGCUUGUGGUGGUCGGCCACAUUGUGCGCCAGAGAGAGAAUUGUCCUCUCCGGAGUUGUUUUAAUUUCCUGUGAGCUUUGCUUAGCUGCAGGGUCCUAUAUAGCACAUGGCGAGGAUGAAUAGCCUACGUUAGAAAUUGACAAACUAAAGAUCGCGUAAUUAGCCAGGUAUACAGACGUCAGUCGAGACUUCUCAAAAUUGAACAAGUCGCAUAUACGCCGUCAGGCAGUGAAGGCAAAACCCCGCAUCAACUGUUGGCGCUCCAAUUGAUGAAGCGUAAUUCAGGACGUGCUUUUGAAAGUGAACGAGGAGUGCACCCUUUCAUCUGUACGCAGAUUUUGAACAGCCAGGCAAAUGCCUACUCCGCGAGUUUUAUUCAAAGAGCUCAACUCGUAGCCGAGUCUGUAAAGCUACCCACAGAUUGUGUUAUUUCGUGGCACAUGGAGCAUUACUCUAGCAGUGUCUGUGGUGUUUAUGUGUAGCCCGUUAACAGUUGAAAGAGUUAAGUGAUCAGAAUUCUCACAGCCACAGGGGCUUACACCGAGUAAGUUGACAGGAGAAGUUCAGUGAUCAGAAUCCUCUCAGCCACGAGUCAGCGGGAGGAGGAACUGUAGAACGCAGCAGCUGAGCGCGAGAGACAGUCACCACCACAUUUCUGACCUCAGAAUGACUGACCGGGGAGGUCGCUUUUACAAUGAAAUAAGUGUGGACGCUGAAACAACGAAGACAGCAACAUUCAAAAGUGGAGAUUUGAAGCGGAAAAGCCAAACUUGCCUAAACAAGCAUCGCGACAGACGUGUGAAUACAGUGGACAUUGUUCGAACAAAAAACGGCGGCAGCUCACAUCAGGCGGACUCUGGGAAAACCUGUAACGCCUCAAAUGCGAUGUCCCCGCAUCUCAGUUGCUCUGCCUCCACGGAUCGCUGUUUCAAUUUGGACAAUUAUGUUUCUCCAACUGAGAAGAGCCACAGAAAUGUGAACAAAAUGACUCUACGCAACGCAAGAAAUUCAUCAAAAAAUUGUAAACACCAUGGAAGGGGAAAGUUGUCAUUAGGAUCAUGGAGUUGGUGGGCGUUGUGCCUUUCCAUACACGUGUUGCAAGCAGCAGCUCAAGGUGACGUGGCACCGUACUUCAAAACGGAACCCGGCCCUACAGAGGUGCACCUGGAGGGGAACCGGCUGGUGCUGACCUGCCUGGCGGAGGGCAGCUGGCCACUGGAGUUCAAAUGGAUGCUCAACAACACAGACAUCACCUCUUUCACACCACAGUACAAGUACACCAUUCCAUCUCUGCAGCGUUCUGACGGGGGCUUCUACCAGUGUGUGGUGAGGAACAGGAUGGGGGCGCUACUGCAGAAGAGGGCUGAGAUACAGGUGGCAUACAUGGGCAGCUUCUUGGAGAGCGAGCAGCGGAAGACGGCGACGCAGGGCCGGGCGGCGGUGCUCAGCUCCCCGGCGGUCAGCUGCUAUCCCCGUCCGCAGGUCACCUGGUUCAGGGACGGCUACAAGAUUAUCCCCAGCAACCGAGUGGCCAUAACAGUGGAGAACCAGCUGGUGGUGUUGGCGGCGGCGGCGGCGGACUCGGGACGCUACUACGUCCAGGCGGUGAACGAGAAGAACGGAGAGAACAAGACCAGCCCAUCCAUUACCCUCACCGUGGCAGAUGCCGAUGCCCCAGCAGACCCGGUUGCUCCUGUCAUCGUGGUGCCUCCUCGCAACACUACGGUGGUGGCAGGGGUGAGCGAGGCCACUCUGGAGUGUGUGGCUAAUGCACGGCCAGUGGAUAAGUUGAGCAUCACCUGGAGGCGUAAUGGGGUGGAGGUGGCGAGUGGCGUGGGCUCCUUUGGGCGGCGACUGAACAUCAUCAACCCCACCUCGGCCGACGUCGGGCUGUACGUGUGCGAGGCUUCGCUCCUGGACAGCAGUGUCCGCUCGGCGGAGGCCAGGGCCUACCUCUCAAUCCUCGAGGUGCCGUACUUCACAGCGGAGCCUCAGAGGAAGGUCAUCGGCGAGGUGGAGAAGAGCGUGGAGAUCCAGUGUCAAGCUCGAGGGGUUCCGGCACCUAAAAUUGAAUGGUACAAGGAUUCGGUGCCGCUGAGCAAGCUGAACAACCCGCGCUACAAGGUCAUCAGCGGCGUCGGGCUGCAGGUGCGGAAGGUCCACUCCAGUGAUGCGGGCAUCUUCCAGUGCUUCGCCAGGAACAGCGCCGGGGAGAACCAAGUCCACACCUACCUGGACGUCACAAGCAUGGCUCCAGCGUUCCUCAGCCCCCCCACCAACGGCACAGUGACUGAGGGGGCCGCGGCCACCUUCUCCUGCCAGAUCUCCGGAGCGCCCAAGCCUGCCAUCACAUGGAGAAGAGAUGAUCAGAUCCUGGCCAGUGGCUCGGUGCAGAUCCCUCGUUUCACGCUGCUGGAGUCUGGCGGUCUGCAGAUCAGCCCCGUGGCUCUGCAGGACAGCGGACACUACACCUGCUACGCAGCCAACACCCAGGGGGCUAUCAACGCCUCCGCCAGCCUCACCGUAUGGAGUCGCACCUCCAUCUCGCUGCCGCCUACGGACCGGCGCGUCAUCAAGGGGACCACGGCCGUGCUGGAGUGUUCCGCCACCCACGACCCUCGCGUCCACGUCAGCUAUGUGUGGGUGAAGGACGGUGAGAUGGUGAGCCAGUCCAGAGGGGGGCGUAUUAGCCUGCAGGACGGCUCCCUGCUCAUCACCCAGACCUGGUCAGGGGACAUCGGGGACUACACCUGUGACGUCAUAUCCAACGCCGGCAACGACUCCAAGUCCGCCCGCCUGGAAGUCAUUGAGCUGCCGCACUCCCCGCGUAACCUGCUGGCCGGCCUGAACGCCACCGACAGCCGCAGCGUGGACCUGAGCUGGAUGAGGCCCUUCGACGGCAACAGCCCCCUGCUGCACUACGUGGUGGAGCUGUCAGAGAACAACUCCCCAUGGAAGGUGUACCUGCCUGAGGUGGACCCGUCCCUCACUGGCACUGUGGUGAAGGCCCUCACUCCCGCCCGCACCUACCAGUUCAGAGUCUGUGCUGUCAAUCAAGUGGGCAAAGGCCAGUACAGCACAGAAACCAACAGGCUGAUGCUGCCAGAGGAGCCCCCCAGUGCGCCCCCCAAGAACAUUGUGGCCAGCGGACGCACCAACCAGUCCAUCAUGGUGCAGUGGCAGCCUCCUCCAGAGCCCCAGCUCAACGGUGUCCUCAGGGGAUACGUGCUCAGGUAUCGGCUGGCGGGCCUCCCGGGGGAAUACCAGCACAAGAACAUCAGCAGCCCCGAGAUCAACUACUGCCUGGUGAGCGAGCUGAUCAUCUGGACCCAGUACGAGAUCCAGGUGGCGGCCUACACGGGUGCCGGGCUGGGAGUCUUCAGCCUGCCAGUGGCCGAGUACACCCUGCAGGGAGUCCCCACAGCGCCACCGCAGGGUGUGGAGGCCUCCGCUGUCAACUCCACCACCAUCAGGUUCACCUGGAAUCCCCCACCACAGCAGUUCAUCAACGGCAUCAACCAAGGCUAUAAGCUCAUGGCGUGGCCCGAGCACUCUCCGGAAGCCAUGGUGGUGGCCACCAUCACCCCGGACUACCACGGCACGCGCCACGUGGGCUACAUCACCGCCCUCCGCAAGUUCACCUGGUACCUGACCUCCGUGCUCUGCUUCACCACCCCGGGCAACGGACCUCGCAGCAUUCCCAGACUUGUGCAGACUCACGAGGAUGCCCCAGGCCCCGUGGGCCACUUGAGCUUCACUGAGAUCCUGGACACGUCCCUGCGCGUGAGCUGGGAGGAGCCUGUGGAGAAGAAUGGCAUUGUCACAGGUUACGUCAUCUCCUGGGAGGUGUCAGGGAGGAACACGUCUCGGGUGUCGCGCAGCGUGUCCAACAGCACGCUGGAGUACAAGGUGACGGGGCUGACGUCCCUCACCACCUACACGCUGGAGGUGGCGGCCACCACCGACGCCGGAGUGGGCACCGUCACCGCCUCCACCAUCUCCUCAGGGGUGCCACCAGAGCUUCCUGGGCCUCCGUCAAACCUGGUGAUCUCCAAAAUAAGCCCCCGCUCCGCCACCCUCAAGUUCAGAGCAGGGGAUGAUGGGAAGACCUCCAUCUCCAAGUGGAUCGUGGAAGGACAGGUGGGCAGCAUAGGUGAGGAGGAGGAGUGGAAGGUGAUGUACGAGAAGGAGAACGAGCCAGACGCACAGGUGCUGGAGGUGCCCGAUCUCACGCCCUUCACCUACUACAGGUUCCGUAUGCGUCAGGCCAACGUGGUGGGCCCUAGUGGGGAGAGUGCUCCGUCGCGCGUCAUCCAGACUCUGCAGGCCCCCCCUGACGUGGCCCCCGGCAGCAUCACCGUGCGCACCGCCAGCGAGACCAGCCUGUGGCUCCGGUGGAUGCCUCUGCCGGAGUCGGAGUACAAUGGCAACCCGGAGACGGUGGGCUACCGUGUGCGCUUCUGGCGUGCCGACCUGGAGGGGGAUGCCCGCUCGCAGCUGGUGAGCGACCGCAUGGCCCGGGAGCUGACCCUGGAGGGCCUGGAGGAGUGGACCGAGUACGCCCUGCAGAUCCAGGCCUACAACUCCAUCGGCCCGGGGCCCUGGAGCAAGAACAUCAAGGGACGCACCAGAGAGUCAGUGCCAUCUGGAUCGCCGGAGAAUGUGACCGCGGAGGCGGUGAGCUCCACCCGUAUCCUGGUUACCUGGAACCCCGUUCCCGAGCAGGAGCAGAACGGGAAUAUUCUGGGCUAUAAGGUGCUGUUUAAAGAGAAGGAUGCGGAGGCGGAGGCGCAGGUGCAGGUGGUGAAGGGGAACCUGACGCAGUCUGUGCUGCUGCGCGGCCUGAGGAAGUACGUGCAGUACCAGAUCCAGGUGCUGGCCUUCACGCGCAUCGGGGACGGACAGCUCAGCAGCCCGCCAGCGCUCGAGAGGACCAAAGACGACGUGCCAGGCCCUCCUGUUAGGCUGGUGUUUCCUGAGGUGCGUCUGACGGAGGUCAGGGUCAUAUGGCAGCCCCCGGUGGACCCCAACGGCAUCAUCAUGGGGUACCAAGUAGCUUAUCGACUGGACAGCGGCGACCCCAACCAGUUCACCACGGUGGAGGUGGGCCCAGACGCCCGACAGUUCACCGCCUCGCCCCUGCUCCCGGAGGCGGCCUACAUCUUCCGGGUCGGCGCCAAGACGGAGCAGGGCUGGGGCAACGCCGCUCAGGCCGUGGUCAUCACCACCGAGGUCAGAGAACGUCCCCAGCCCCCGGUACAGCUGAGUGUUCCCCAGUCGCAGGUGCAGUCUCGCCGGCUGCAGCUGGAAUGGGUGCCGGGCGGCGAUGGCUCGUCCCCCGUGCGCUACUUCACCCUGCAGACGCGCCAGCUGCCCGAUGGGGCCUGGACCACUCACUCCUCGGCCAUCGGACACAACGCCACCUCCUGGGACGUGGACCGGUUAAAACCCUACACCUCCUACAAGCUAAGGAUGAUGGCAACCAAUGACAUCGGUGACAGCAAGUACAGCAAGGAGACAGACGCAGUCACUACCUUACAAGACAUUCCAGACGAAGCCCCUGAAAUGCUGGCCGUGAAGCCGUCCACCACCACAUCAGUGCUGGUCCAGUGGCAGGCUCCCAAAGAGGAGAGUGUGAACGGUGUGCUGGUGGGCUACCGGCUGUACUACAGAGAGCUGCAGUGUGACAGCUCCCCACAGGAGCCAAAGAAGCCGGCUGUCAACGCCUCGUCACCGUCAGCGCACCCGCACCCGCAACCGCACCGCACCCAACUGGCAGCCAAAAGCACUGUGAAGACCGUGAGCAAUCCCGCGCUAACUGAAUUUGAGCUAACGCAGCUGCAGAAGUACAGGCGCUAUGAGAUCGAGAUGACGGCGUACAAUAUCAUCGGCGAGAGUCCGCCAAGCGCCCCUCUGGAGGUGUUUGUGGGCGAAGCAGCGCCCUCGGUGGCCCCCCAGAACAUCCGGGUGAACCCCCUCUCCUCCUCCCAGCUGGAGGUGCUAUGGGAACCGCCGCCUGUGGAGACCCAGAACGGUAUCAUCCAGGGCUACAAGAUUCAUUAUUGGGAGAUGGACAGCCAGAACGAGACGGAGAAGGUGAAGAUCCUGUUUCUGCCGGAGACGGCGGUGCGGCUGAAGAACCUGACUAGCUACACCUUCUACCAGGUCAAGCUGACGGCCUUCAACGCCGCCGGAGACGGCCCGCUCAGCGAGCCCCGCAAGGGACGCACGCUGCAAGCAGCUCCCAGUGCUCCGAGCUUCGUCUCCUUCUCCGAGGUGACCAGCAGCACCCUCAACGUGUCCUGGGGCUUCCCCGUGUCUCCCAACGGGGUGGUGGAGGGCUACAGGGUGGUCUACGAGCCCACUGCACCCAUCCACGGUGUCAGCAAGGUGGUGACGGUGGACAUCCGGGGCAGCUGGCAGCGAUGGCUGAAGGUGCGAGACCUGACGAAGGGGGUGACCUACUGCUUCCGCGUGCAGGCCAAGACCAUCAGCUACGGGCCCGAGGCCGAGGCCAACAUCACGGCGGGCCCCGUGGAAGGCUCCCCGGGUUCUCCAGUGGAGAUGUCUAUCACCAAGUCCACCUCCGCCCUCACGCUACACUGGUCGCCCGGGGACUCCGGCUCGGGGCAGCUCACCGGCUAUGUGGUGGAGGCACGGCCCUCGGAUGAGGGUCUGUGGGACACAUUUGUUCGGCACCUGCCCCCCAGCAGCACGUCCCAUGUCAUCAGUCUGGAGCGGCUCCGUCAGGGCGUCAGCUACCAGUUCCGCGUCCUGGCUGUCAACCACCAGGGCUACGGCGAACCCAGUGUGCCCUCUGCUGCCAUGUCAGCCCAACUGGAGACGCCCUUCUAUGAGGAGUGGUGGUUCCUGAUCAUCCUGGCCCUGAGUGGCCUGAUCCUGCUGCUUGUCGUGGUGUUCGGCCUGCUCUUCCACGGCCAGAGCAAGAGGUACAAGAGCUGCGGCACAGGUAAAACCGUGGAGGAAGCGGUCACCCUGGACAACGGGGGCUUCACAGCCCUGGAGCUGAACAGCAGGCCGGUGCACGUCAAGAGCACCUUCCUACGCAAGAACGGCACCAGGUCUCCCCCACGGCCAAACCCGGCGGGGCUGCGCUACUCAGACGAGGACAUCUGCAACAACUACAAUGGUGGCGUGGCGACCGAGAGCACGGCCCUCACAGAGAGGCCCGCGGAGGCUUCAGAGUCAGAGGCGUCGGACAGUGACUGCGAGGAGGAGCAGGUCAAGCACUCGUUCGUGAACCACUACAUGAGCGACCCGUCCUACUUCAACAGCUGGAAGCGGCAGCAGAAGGGCCUGAAGCAGUCUCUGGCCUGCACGUACGAGGAGUGCGCCAGCGGCGACACGGACUCCUACUACCAGACUGUGGUCACCCAGCACAGCGUGGGGGGCGUGUACACCCCCACGGGGCAGCCCGCCACCACCACCACCAACGCCACCGGCUCACGGACUCCCGUCACGGGCUUCUCCUCUUUUGUGUGAUGCGCAC